AAAAACAUAAACAAACAUCAAUUCAACUUGAUAGCAUAAAUAUUGAUAUAUGUGCUUUAUAGUACAAAAUGCUCCCUACAAUUAAGCAAUUAGAAGAAAAAAAUUUACCAUAUGAAAUAGGUCAUAUGGUUUGGAAUGACCGAAUGGAUUUAGUUGCUUAUUCAACAAGUAAAGGUGAAGUCGCUCUACAUCGUCUCACUUGGGCAAGAGCUUGGAUAUUAUGUCCUCCCAGUAAAAACAUAAAAGUUGAAUGCAUAACAUUCAGACCUGAUGGAAAAGUGAUAGCUAUAGCUUAUUCUAAUGGUGAAGUUUGGAUAGUAAGUAUUGAAAAUAAAGCUGUUUGUACUUUCAUAUCUUCAAAGAAAGAUAUUUCUUGUAUGUCCUGGGUCCAAGAGAAGAGCAAACAGAAAAAUGAAAGUUAUGAGAAGUUCUCAAAUGAUGAUGAACACCAUAACUAUAUAGAAUACAUUGACUUAUCUGCCUCGUAUUUAGCUGAGCCACCUUUAAUGUAUGCUGAAGAUAAUAUUCGAUCUCCUAAAAAGAGACAACGACCAAGUCUUCUUAAUGAACAAUAUGAACUCAAUAUACUUGCAGUUGGUACCAAAGGUGGUGAUAUAAAUCUUUAUGUAUAUGGGGAAUUCCCUUUUGUAGAAUUGAACAUGAAUGAUUGCCUGGGAAUUAAAUGUUCUAUUGAAAAUAUUCUAUUCAAAGAAGAUCUAAGCAAGAUUUCUGUAACAAUAAAGGAUAGCAAUAAUGAUGUUAAAAUUGCAAUAAUUGAUUCUGCAAUGAUCAAAUCAAAAAGCAAAGAAAUAUUUGCUUUUGCUCAUAAAUGUAUUCAGUUGACUUAUUUGAUAGAAAUUAUUUAUAGUAGCAUAAGGAGUAUGAAAGAGAGCUGGGAGAGUAUUUUAAUAGAAAUGGAUAAUAAACUAUCCAAAUAUGCUAGUAGAUGUUCUGAAGAUGGUCUUGCUGCUGAAUUCUUGGAUUUAUUAAUGUUUGGCAAAUAUUCAGAAAACAUGCAGGAAUUCCUUAUCCGUGACCUUACUAAAAAAGGAUUAGAAAAGUUUGGGGAGGGAAUUGAAGUGAGCUAUUCUACCAUGCAAGAAUUACUUCUGAAAUAUGUAACCAAAUAUGGUCAAUCCAUUACAUACCACUUAGCAGAACUUCGAGGAAUGGUUAGAAUGCGGCACAAAUAUUAUUUUAUCGAUAUAUGUGAAGAUAGAAUUACGGAAGGCAUUAGGUCAACAGGAGCCUUUCUUAUAAAAACUGGGGAAAUGCAUCAAACAAUCAACCAGUCUAUUGUGAAUUAUAAAUCAUUUUUCCGAUGGCUUUAUAGAGCUAUGAUGGUUUUAUUGGAAGAAGCUGAACCACCAGAGUUGCACACAAUGACUCAACAAGAAUUGGCUCAUAUUGCUGAAUUUUUUCAAAAUUUUGAUAACAUAGAAGGAAAUGGAAAAGGUUUCAUGAUGGAAAAAUUAGGACAGUAUUUAUCUGAUGAAGCACUAAUAGCCCCUCCAAAAAUGGAAGAAAAUGAAUGGUACGCUUUUUUAGCUGAGAAUACUUGUUUGAAAAAUGACCCACUUAUCUUAGAACAUGAUAAAGAAUUCUCAUUGAUUCAACAAUUUAACAAACUUAAAUCGAGCUUGUCUUUCAUAUAUUCAUCAUCGAAAAACAUGCAUAGACAUUUCAGAAAAUUCAAAAUAUUCAAUAGUAUAAACUCACCUGAUAAACUUAUUCUUGAAAGUGUCAAUAGGGAAGAUUCUAUGUUAUAUUUUUUUCCUAAAUCGAUACAUGAAAUCACUUUAUUACAAAUCGGUUUAAAUGAUGCUGAUUGUAAUACAAAAAGUUGCGAUUUCAACUUUAUCGAACAUAGUGAACCCAAUCUUACAUAUGAAGUAAGUGAUAUGAAAAUGUAUUCUUCAUCUACAAUUUCUCUGCUGCUGCGAGAUGUAAAUAAUCGAACAUCAAUAUUAUAUCAGUUUCCCAUAGAUGCAGCUUUAUAUUUUACUCGCGAAAUUAACAUCUCCACCCAAAGUUUGUACGAUAACCCCAGCCCAUUACUGGUGAACGGUACAUAUUUAAAUCCAAAAAUAUACAAAGAUAUUCAAAUGAUUGGAUCUCACCUAGCUGUUUCUGGAAGUAGGAAAGUUGGAAUUGUAUUAUCAGCAAGUAGGCAUAAAGUUAAAUUAUUCGAAAUGGAAUGCGAAGACGACGAUGAUGAUGAUGAGGAUGCUGAUAUGAGUAUGUAGAUAUCAAAUUGAAGGUGAAAGAGAAAUAAAAGGGAAUGUAAUUACGGAAGAUUAGAUCAAUAACUGGGUUUUAUUAUGUCGAUAGAAUCAUGAAUCAUUGUGAAGUUUUGUAUUUGAAGUAAUGCAUUUUGUUGGUUCAUAAUUUUAAUUCUGAAUUCUUGUUUUCAUGUUUAACUGUGAAUUAAUAAAUUCUGAUGAUCUGGUAAUCACU